UCUCAAAAAGCUCUGGGGAACAAGCUCGAUACACACGGCGGGAAAACCCGUUUAAGCUUUGCUACUCCCGAUUCCGUAACCGGAAUAUACCUAACAUAAACAAAACAUUUUCCAGAAGCUGUGCUCGCGAGCUGCAGGCAGUGAAAUGGAUUCUGCAAAGCCAGGACUAAGUGGUGUUGUCAUGGGCAGUAAAGGUAGAGGGAGAGGUCGAUCACGUGAAAUUAAAACAGUUUUUAAUUUCAAUGAAACAAUGGAUUUCCAUAGUGUCAAGUCUGCAGCUGAUACGAAAGCUCAGCCAUUGCCUCCAGGAAAAAUGCAGCGUAAUAAUUUAUUUGUAAAAACAUUACGAUCCAUGAGGGAACAAAACAAACUUGUAAACAACUCCAACUUCAUUCAAAGCGUCGUACAAGAAAAACGUGCAAAUCAAUUUGUUAGAAAGAGAUUUGAUAACAGCCAUGCAAUGGAAUGUGAAAAUAACAGACAGUUGAGAAAGGAAAGCACAAGGGAGUGGGAUAAAAAUAAAUAUUACGACAACAAGCAACAAGUUUGGGUUAAACAAGACUCUCGUAAAGGUCAAGACAAAAAAAGAAAAAAGAAAAGUGAAUGGGAUGCUAACAAAUAUUGGGAUAAAGAGAGUUUAAUGUGGAAAUGUCGAGGGAAAGUUUGGUAUGAAAAUGUGGUGUGUGAUCCCGAUCUUUGUACAUCUGCUUUUGAGAACAUAACGUUGUCUGACGAUAUCUGGUAUUGAUCUGAAUUGGAUCGAAUGAAUUACUGCAUGUAAAUAUGUACAUUUUAAAGUUUAUUAUAUUUAUGAUAUAGAUUUAUAUUUAUUAUUAUAUAUAUUCUAUUUUUUUCAUAUAUAUAUUUUUUUUCUUUAAACAAUGUUUGUUUUGGUAUACAGCGGUAGUCACAAUGCACUAAUUCUGUUCAUUUUCGCGCUUCUCUAAUUAUCUGCGCAAAAUAGGUCUGUUUUCUUUGAAAAAUAAUGUUCGCACUAAAACUGUAUAAAAAAGUGCAGCCGAUAAUUCGAAAGAUUUCAUAACGUUUACUCAUCGUUUGUAGCAUGAGGUACAUCAAUAUUGACAAUUUCAGCAGCGUAAAAAUUGUUCCUGCGCGAAUACAUGUUUUGAAGAUGCGUAAAUACUUAAGGCGCCAAAAUUAACAGUCGUCAAAUUUAUGGGAAUUAUGGCAUAGAAUGGCAAUCAUUACAUCGGAAACGAUGAAUCUUGUUUUUUUUCGUUGACAUUGUUGCAGUUGUGUUGGGUAUUAUCGAGACAAAUCAAUGUUUCUUAUGUUGUUUUUACUACUUUUUGCGAAAAUAUAUAUUUUCCUUUUUCCAUGUGUGUGUUGUUUUUCUUUUUUGUUAUCUCUAACAUUUAUUCUAAAAAAAGUUGGUCUCGGUGAAGAACUGCCCCUUAUUUGGACAAGAGACGACAAAUCAAAAUUUGAGAAAUGACAACGCGCAGUAAACAGGUUCAGGAUAUUUACUACGCGUUUGAGCGGGCUAUGUUUUAUCGUUAAUUCUUAGCUUUUCUUAUCAUUAAUUUCUAUUUUCAUUUAAUCGCUAUUGGUCAGUUCGUCACAGCCUUUAACGUUCAGUAUACGAGCAUGCGCAUUAGAUUCUGUCAUCUCUACCUCUUAUUUUUGCUUCGAAAGUCGUGGCAAUUUUCCGAAGGCUUCAAACCUUAUGCAACGGAUAUUUUUUCAACAACCUAUCAGAAUUCUAAAAACGCUACUUUCUCUGGAUUAUCCCUCCUCAGUUUUCUGUUUUCUUGA